AUGGGCCCGCGCCCGAGAGAGGGAUUUAUCCCAAAUCCCUCUCUCAUUUCUCAUUUCCCCUCUCUCUCUUCAUUCCCCCCUCUCCCCCUUCUCGUUCUCUUUGCCGGCGCCGGACCCGCGCCGCCGCCCUAUCGACGAGCCGCCGUCGCCGUCGCUGAUCGCAGAGACGAAGAAGAAUCCCACGACGCCGCCAUCGAGGACGAGGACACCGGAGCCCAGAUCGCCCCCAUCAUCAAGCUCGAGGAGGUCGCCGUCACCACCGGCAAAGAGGACGAGGAGGCCAUCCUCGACCUCAAAGCGAAGUUGUAUCGGUUCGAUAAAGAGGGGAAGCAAUGGAAGGAGCGAGGGAGCGGGAGCGGGAGCGUGAAGCUGUUGAAGCACAAGGAGAGCGGCAAAGUCCGGUUGGUUAUGAGGCAGGCUAAGACCCUCAAGAUUUGCGCGAACCACUAUGGUGAGAUUUUUUCUUAG